CGAUGGACUUCAUUUGAGGAAUGUGCCAGAUAUUUCGGAUAUAACAAGUGUUAUGUCGUAGAAGCCAUUCGUGUCCCAAAUAAGAGUGCUCCCUAGGUACCUAGGUAGCAAAAGGAAUCUCCGUAUUCAAUAUUUCGAUUAUCAGUCAUUGUUCCGUAACUACCAAAGCUGAGAGUCUGUUGUCAGAUGUGUCAACUAUGUCUGAAACAGGUCAUAUGUUUCUAUGUUUUCUGUGCCCAUAUAAUCUCUAGCCUGCCUCCAAUGGAUGCCUGAUGAAAUAUCUCAAUCAUACCAACCUACCAAUUACAACUUACUCCUAUUCAAUAAUUAACAACCGUUAACUACGAAAAACACACACUACAAUGGAUUCAUACGCUCUCGUUAAGCUACCAUAUUGUGCUCCUGAUGCACCAACCCUUCCUACGUACGAGGAGAUCGAUGGCCUGAGAAAGAAACUUUCAGACUCUGGAUAUACACUGGCGUCAAGACCAGGCCGUCGCAUUGUUCAGUUUCGGAAAGAACUUUUCAUCAAAUACGGUAAGGAUGUUGACCUGACUGAAGGGCAAAACAUGCUCAUUGUUAAUAAGCACACUCACCUACCUAUUCCGAAGCUUUAUUCGAUGUAUGUGCACGAGCCUACGGGCGACAAGGUCAUCAUCAUGGAGUACAUUAAAGGCAGACCGCUAAACACCUGCUAUGCCAGCUUCGACGACGAGAAAAUGGCAUCCAUUGGGGUUCAGCUGAGACAGCAGUUGAGCGAACUGCGCGCGAUGCCAUCUCCAGGAUAUUAUGGGUCGGUGGGACGCCAGCCUUACUUGCCCUACUCCUGGAUUCUCAAGGAGCAAGCAGGGCCAUUUGAAUCCGCCGAUGAGUUCCUCAAUGCAUAUUUUAAAGCUCAGUUCUCAGAAGGGAGCCCAGAAACCCUCGCCCAAGUCGAGGAGAUGAAGUCCCAGUUUCUUGAGUUAUCUAAAAACCAUAACGCAUCGGUAUUCACCCAUGGAGACCUUCAAUCUCAGAAUAUAAUGCUGCGCGAGGACGGCACGAUUUCCAUCAUCGACUGGGAAAGUGCCAGCUUCUGUCCCCAGUACUUUGAGUACUUUAUCAACGCUAUUUAUCCCAUGGCGUCUGCGGGAUGGUCUGAGGAAGAGAAAGAAAGGGUAUUUGAGUAUGAUCCAAUGGUGAAGCUUAUUACCAAGGUAUGGUACGAGUAUCUAGACUACCCUGGUUUUUAAUUACAACAUACAAAGGGGUUGUUAAGUACCUAGUUACCUAGUAAGUUCCAAUGAUAAAUACAUAAGAAAGGUUGUGUUAUAUUAUUUCACAUCGUACUUACUGACAUGAAAGGCUUUGUGCGGCGGUACAUGUAUAGAUAGAUCUGUAUGUACAUACCUAGGGUAGCGUAAAUCGAGGCACUUCAAUGCACGAAAUUCUUACCUUUUUCUUCUUUCUGUACAUACUGUGACGCUUUAGCUUGCUUAUUGUAUCCACACUCCUGUCAACAAUUGCUACGCUUCCCUUGCACAUUCUCAGUAGAGAGACCAAAUUCAAUUCGACUGCGACCCUCUUGGCCGCCCUGGGAAUGGCAUAUACUCUAACCCUGAGCUUAGAUCGAUGUUUGGACUAACGGCGAACUGAGAGAUAAUUAUGAAGAAGAUUUUUCCAACAACAGUCCUUGACCGGAAGUGCCGACUCACCGAUUGUACUCAGGCUCAGAUCGACGGUAAGUCUCUGAUGCACCAGCCUAUUCCUCAUGGACAGCAGACAGCACUGACAGAAGCGUGGGCUUCAAUGAGUGAAUGCUUGAUGCUUUAUGAGCAUCUCAAUCUCAUACUACAGCACCCAGUGGCAUGGAUGAAUACCAAGCAUCUGCUGGCUUUUUCAUAUAUGCACUACACUGAACAGAGGUGUCCG